AUGAGCGACGAAGAGGCGAGCGAGAUUACAAACGUUGGUGAGCAAAAACUCGAAGGAGAUAUUGAGAAAGAGAUUUCUAAGUUGAAGUAUUUCUUAGAAGAAACAAAUGAAAUUAUUCAAGCGAAAGAUUACGGUGAAAUGGAAGCUAUAAACAAUCGCGCUGGGAAAAUAAUCGUCAAAAUAUCGGAGCUAAUUUCACAAACAGAAGAGUUGAAAAUCGAUAACGGCAAAACACCGCGUUCAGUUAGACAGUGGGAAAAUAAAGUUCAGAAGACAAAGAGAAAAUAGCACAACAACUAAAGGAAAAACAAGAAAAAGCUUAUGACGAAGCUGAAUUACGACGGCUAGAAUUGAAAGAUAAACAAUUUCAACAAGAAGAACAACGACGAGCUGAAAUUCGCGAAGCACAAGAGGAACGCGAACGACAAUUAUGGCAAGAAAGGCACGAAGCUGAAUUACGCAUGACUCAGAGAAAGAUUGAAAUAGAAAAGACCGCUCGUUCAUCUGCAGCGAAAUUACCAAAGUUAAAAAUAGGUACGCGACCGCGUACAUGUAUCUGCGCAUUAAAGGUCCAGACACGCUGGACGCGAUUCGACAACGCGACGCGAUUUUUCGAUUUUCACUGACCGUUAAAUUUAAUCCAAGUUUACAUUUUCCAAAUAUUUAGAAGCGCUAUAACAUUCUAAGUUACUUGGUCUACAUAUGUUUGUAACUGAUUUGCUCUCAUUGGCUGUUUUUCAAACUAAUUAUAUACUGAAAAAUCGCGUCGCGUUGUCGAAGCGCGUCCGGUGUGUCUGAAUCAGUCUUAAGGUCUGAUUCCACGACGGCGAAAUUCGUCGCGAGAGCUUGUGUCUGCGAAAUACGGUGGUUGCACAUGAGCGAUUGUAUUGAAUUGUCCCACUUUGUCCGCUUUCGCAGUAAGUAGAAAUGUUUCGCAUUCAUUGAUGGUGCAUUCUCGAAAUGACAUUUUUACAGCAAUUGUGCGAAAUUGUGCUAGUUGAAAUUAUAUGCCUGCUUCAGAUAUAAUAUUUACAUUUAACUAGUGACUUCUAAAUUAAGAGGACGAGAACCAUUUAUAUCCCGAAUCACGGCAACUGAUAACAAUCAUACAAAAAUGUUUCUUUUUAUCUGGAGCUAAAUAUCUGCUAUUCAUACAGUUCAUUACUUUUAAGAACAAUUUAAAGAAAAUAAUUAAUUAAGGCUGUAAAAUGUGUGGAUUUAUUAAAGACGUGGGAUUAGACGUCUGUACAUGGAGUCAUGAGCUAAUAAUAGUUUCUGACAUUUAAAACAACAGGGCUACGUUUAUCCUAUGCUUUGUUUUCAUAGUUUAGCCUAGUUUCAGAGGCCUCCAUUAAAUAACAGUCAAGAUAUAUACGCAAAUAUAAUUUGCGUGUCUAUUUAAAAUUUGUAAUUGUUUCGUGGAGAUUCAACCAUAAAACAAUUGCCGGAAAUGCAGGUCCUGUUUAUAAAAACUCAGGGAAAACCCGUGCGGUAUGAAAUGCAUGGCGUAAACAUGUCAAUCAAAUAUCUAUAAAUAUGACGUUUUAUAAUUGCACAGUACAUCGUGUACGUUCUUGUUGUAGAACUUGUGUUGCUCCAAAUCGAGUAUGAAGUAAAAUCAGGAGCAUACUGUCACAGGCUAAUUUUGUAUUUUAAUACCUCUGGAAAUAUCAAGGCUUUGGUACCCCUAUCUAUCACAAAACUGAGUAACAAAUCCAAAACGAAGUAUGAGGACUAAUAUUUUUAUAUAUAUCAUUUCACAGAUUAAAAGUAUUAUUCAAGAAAUAUGUCCAUUUUGAUCUUAACGUGAUACGAAAAUACUAAAUAACAUGCAAAAUUCAGUGCCAAAGAGGGAUUUAUUUUGCGGUAGUUAAAUAUGUAAACAUAUGUUCUCAAACUGGCAGAGUUUAAUACCAAUUAAAGCUCGCAAUGCUAUAUAUUUGGUUUGAUACGAAGAUAAAAUAGUAAAUACUCAUAAUAAUUACAAUAUGUCCAUGACCUUACUCAAAAAUUUAGAUUAUUAAAUCACAUAAUGGAACAACUUGCAAUUUGCUACGCUCACUCGUUAGCAAUAGUUCUCUUCAACACUCGAAAUAAAUUACAUAUUUCCGCACAACCAUGUAUAAAUAUCCUCUAUACAUUCCAGUUUACCUUUAAUUUGUCAAGUGGUAGGCACAAUAUUAGUCCUUUUGAUUUGUUAUUCCCUUUCCCCAACACGGGAGUGAUAGGAGCUUGAAAAAAUGACAGUUGAAUACUUGCGUGUAAUUUGCUCGGAGCAAUUUGCAAUCAACAUUGCAAGAUUGAUUGCAAUGUUGCAAUACUCAUGGGAACAGAACAUCCGGUUUGACUGUAAGAGUUAUAUCAAAAAGACUGCUAUAGAAGAAGAUUUUAUCAAAAUAAAGUCAGGAUAAAGUCUAUUAAUAGUUUAAUACCACGAUUACUAAUGAUUACUACUCUUGAAAGCUUUUCGAAAGACGCCAUCUUGUUUUAAAGCUGUUCUAGCCUGCGAACAGGCCUUCAAAACAAGGUUGACGGACUUAACAACUUAACUUAACUUACUUAACUUUACUUUACUUUACUUUACUUUACUGACUGACGCGAUAGCAAUAUAUCUGCGCUACGCGCAGAUACAAAAAUAACACCGUUUAAUGGGACCCCCACAGAUUGGGUGCGAUUUGAGAACAUGUUUUUGACACUUGUUCACGAAAAAGCGAGUACAGCCGAAGAAAAAUACGGGUUUUUAUUGGAAAUGGUGAGUCCAAAGGUGAGGGAAAAGAUUGCUAAUUUGAAACCAGGUGAAGUCGGUUACAAGAUUGCAUGGGAGAGAUUAAAAAGCGAGUAUCGUCACCCCAAACAUGUUAUCAAUGCCCAUAUGGAUGCCAUAAUUAACUUAACUCCAGUAAGAGGACAUAAUUAUGAAAAAGUUCAAGAUUUCUAUGAGAAAUUAAGCAAGAAUUUCGAUGCACUUCAAACUCUGGGAGAAAGUGAAAAACUUUCUGGAUUUGUUAUGACUACAAUCAACAAGUUGCCCCACAUAAAACCCGACUUGGUUCGAGCGGACGAUGACUGGGAAGAAUGGUCCAUGGAAGUACUAAUAAAGAAUUUGCAAAAGUGGCUUCGACGGAAUAAAGUGGAUGAUGCGAGCAAUCAGAAAGAAACCAGAUACAAGAAACCAGAAGGACACUGGUAUCAAAAGACAUCAGGACCCCCAAAACCUCACUGUGUUUUUUGCGCGAACAAUGAACACUGGAGUGAUCAAUGCAAAACAGUGAAACGAUUGGCCGACCGAAAGAAAUUCUUCGCUGAGAAGAAUCUGUGUUUUAACUGUGGUCGCACAGGGCACAGGGGAAAUCAAUGCCGAAGUCGUGGUUGCCUGAAGUGUAAUGCCAAACAUCACACAAGCCUGUGUGAUAAGAAUGAAGACAACCAAGAGAACAAGACAUCAUUAACUGGAUUUACCACAUUAACCGAGGAGAAAUCGCUUCCAGCCAUUAUACCUGUCAACAUAAAAGGACAGACCCUGUGGGCAUACCUCGACACUGGCUCGAGUCGAAACUUUAUUUCACGCGAGGCUGUGAAGAAACUCGAUUUGAAUCCAACACAUCAUGAAUCCCGCGAGAUUGUAACCGUGAAUGGUACCUCUACUCAAUCCAUGCCUAUUUUCCAAACAACCAUAACUUCUCUUGAUGGGAAAGUACAGGAAGAAAUCGAACUGACUGGUUCCAGACUUCAAGAUUUUACCACAGUUAAGAGACCAGAUAUGAAUGAACUCAAGAUGAAGUACACCCAUACUCAAGACAAAAGAUUUUAUAUGACCGCCAAAGGGGAACAUCCAAUUCAUCUCAUACUCGGUGAUGGCACAUACAGCAGGAUCCGAACUGAGAAAGUUUACAAAGGAAAUCCCGGAGAUCCCCUUGUGGAGGAGACAACAUUCGGAUGGGUCAUACAUGGUGGUGAGGAUUAUUCGAGCGAUGCCUGUAUGUUCACUAGAGAAAUUUACGAUUACGAACAGUUAUAUAGUCUUGAUGUUCUCGGAGUUGAAGACCGUGGUGAAAAUGAUCAAAUGCAAGUGCUUGCUGAGUUUCGAGAGAACAUAACCAGACAAGAAGAUGGCAGAUACCAAGUUAGCAUACCAUGGAUUCCAGGGAGUAAGUUGACAACUACAAACGAACAGCCAAGCAGAAGACGACUGUUCAACGUGAACAAAAAGUUAGCGAAAGACGAAAACCUGAAGCAAGAAUAUGAGAAGAUUAUCGAUGAUCAACUAGCAAGCGGUGUGAUUGAGAAAGCCCCAGACGAGCCGUCAGGAGAGCGAGUGUACUACAUGCCACAUAAGCCAGUCGUAAGGCAAGACGCAGCGACAACGAAAGUGAGAAUGGUCUUUGAUGCGAGCUCCAAACCCCAUCCACUAGCAUCCAGUAUUAACAAUUGUAUGUUUACUGGGCCUCCCCUCCAACCGUUAUUGUGGGAUAUUAUGGUCAGAGCAAGAAUGUCGUCAAAUCUGCUUCUUGCAGACAUUCAAAAAGCCUUUUUACAGAUAGCAAUCAAAGAAGAAGACAGAGAUGCCUUCAGAUUUCUCUUCGAGCGCGACGAAAAAGAGGAACAUUUUCGGUUCGCCAGAGUUCCAUUCGGGGUUGAAGCCAGCCCAUUCUUACUCGGUGCUACAUUAGAAUACCACUACGACCAACAAUCACCAGAAUUAGAGGAAACAGUGACUGCCCUUAGAGAAAAUACGUAUGUGGACAAUAUCAUGCAAACGGGAAAUAACAUUGAUAAGUUGGAGAAGUUUAAGAAAGAAAGUGAAGUUAUUCUUGAGAGUGCAAAAUUACCGAUUCACAAGUGGGAGUCGAACAUCGCGACAUUAGAGGAUGAGAACAUGUCAAAUCCUAGCAAAAUUCUUGGUCAUGUUUGGGACAAGCGUGAAGACACUCUAGAAAUACAAGUACCAGCAGUACCUGAGACAGAACCAGUUACGAAACGAAGCAUCUUGAGUCAGCUUGGCAAAGUGUACGACCCAUUGGGAAUAAUAUCACCCACGAUGGCCGAAGGAAAACACAUUUACAGAGAGGCUUGUGAAGAGAAAAAGGGAUGGAACGCCGAGGUUUCACCAGAAUUGAAGAAACAGUGGCACAAAUGGAACAAACAACUAAAGAACGUGAAAGUACCGAGGAGCUUAACAGGAAAUUCGAAGGAAACGAAGGCUAUCGAGCUCCAUGUGUUUGCCGACGCAAGCAAUCUCGCAUGUUCUGCAGUAACCAUAGCACUAGUUGAACAUUCAUCUGGAACGAUCAAAGGGUUGCUGACAUCGAAGUCCCGGAUUUCAAAAAGAAACACUUCGAUACCCAGAUUGGAACUCGUAGGAGCUCACAUGGCUGCGAACAUGGCGAAGAAUUUACGUAACGCUCUUCAUCGGCACCCAAUCAAGACCAUUGUGAUCUGGUUAGAUAGCAUGGUAGUGCUUUACUGGUUGACCAAUCCAGGGAAACCAUGGAAGACGUUUGUCUCCAAUCGAAUCAAGAAGAUAGCUGAGAUAACCAACGAGCUUGGUAUCAUUUGGAAAUAUUGUCCGUCAAAUAAGAAUCUUGCUGAUCUAGGGAGCAGAGGAGCAACCAUGGAAAAAUUGCAAAACGGAAGCUGGUUUAACGGUCCAGAUUGGUUAUUAGAGAAAGAACAAUGGCCAGAGCAACCAAAUUUGAAAGUAACUACAUCUGUCAGUCAAGAAUGCAAACCAAUUAAAGAGCAAGCACUGUUUACGAAAGAUCGAGAGCCAGACGAAUGGGACGCUUUGUUAGAAAGAAACACAUACUGGCGUACAUUGCGAGUAACAUCAUGGGCAUUAAGAUUUCUAAACAACUGUUUGGCAAGAGUUCGUCGAAACCAAAAGCGAUCGGGGCCUCUUGUAAGCGAAGAAAUUACAGUUGCAAGAAACGCUUGGGUAAGGAGAGUACAACAAGGUGUCAACCCUGAAUUACAAGCGCCAGGUUGGAGAAUCGUCGAAGACGAAGUAACGAAAGUUCUCAAGUGUAAAGGAAGAGUAAAUGGAUACGAGCCAAUAUACCUUGACGGAGGACUGUUCGUAGAAAAGCUAAUAGCCCACACCCACAGCAAGAUCAAACAUUUCGGUGUCGCAAAUACCAUGGCUGCUUUGAGAGAACAGUGGUGGAUACCACAACUUAGAUCAAAGGUGAAAAAAUUAAUCAACAAUUGCAAUAUCUGCAAGUUGUAUUCCACGAAGCCGUAUGGGUCACCAUUGACGAGCAACAUGCCCAGCUUUAGAACAGAAUCUAGCGAACCAUUCGAAGUCACCGGUGUCGAUUACGCCGGGCCGUUAAGACACAAAAUCAGUAAGAGAGAAGAGGGAAAGUGCUACGUAUUAAUCUUCACGUGUGCAGCAUCUCGAGCGAUCCACCUGGAACUAACCAAGAGCCAAGAAGCAGAGGAAUUCCAACGAAAGCUCAACUCAUUCAUCGCUCGAAGAGGAAGACCUCGAUUAAUGAUAUCGGACAACGCAGCGACAUUUAAAACGACAGCCAAACUAAUCAAAGCCAUUAGAAAGAGUGAGAAAUUGCACGAUUUCCUAGCAGCACAAGGUAUACACUGGAGAUUCAACCUUGCUAAAUCCCCUUGGUGGGGAGGGAUCUAUGAAAGAUUGAUUCGGGAAGUAAAGAAGACCCUUUAUAAGACCCUUGGAAGAUCGCACCUUUCAUUCGAGAAUUUGGAAAUGGUCCUCAUGGACAUUGAAAUUAAUAUGAACAAUCGUCCAUUAACCUAUGUCGAAAGCGAAAGUGGAGAGGAAGAAGUACUAACGCCAAACGUUCUCAUCCGAGGGAGAAACACUUACCUUCUUGAUGACAUAGAGAAUGACGUAGACGAGCUUACGAAGAUGCAAAAGAGAAUCGCCAAAGCAAAGAACAACGCUUGGAAAAGAUGGCAACGAGAAUACGUACACAGUUUAAUGGAAAGCCAACGAGUAAACGGAAAGCCAGUUAACGCGCCUGAAGUCGGUGAAGUAGUUUUAGUCGUGGGAGAAGAAAAGAACAGGAGCGAAUGGAAGAAGGGAAAUUAAAGGUAGUGCGACAAGUCAAAGGUAAGGACGGAGUGGUGCGUGGUGUGGUACUUUUACACAAGGGACACACUAUCGAAAGACCGUUACAGUUGGUGUGUCCACUCGAAAUUCGAUGCACAACGCAAAUAGAACAAAGAAAGAACGAAGAGAAGCAGACGGUUGAAAAUGAAAGGAAGAAACGGGGAGCAGCAAUUGAAGCAAGUAAGAAAAUACGUGAGCUAGCAGAAAACGAGGAUGCAGACUAAGCAGGGAACAGUAAAUGAGAACAGUUCACAUUGUGUUGACUUAUAAAAAUUAAGACUGAAUUUUUAGGGGAGUAGUGAACCGAAAUUAGUAUAGGCCACAUUAGGUGGCGUGACAAGGGGCGGGGACUUUUAUAAACAAGAUUGACAUUUUGAAGUAAUAGCAAAGUACAAUUAGUUGAUAGACAGAAUAAUACAAAAACAACAUUGAGACUGUGAGACAUAUCGUGAUUCGUGAGACUGUGAGAAAUUUAAUAUUUUAGGUUUAAGUUUUGUAAGUUUUAUUUUUGGAUUUUCGAUUAAAUAAUUAAUAGUAUACUACGUGAGUAAUGAGUUCGGUAUAUCAUAAUAUAUUGACCAUAUGUGAAAUUAUUUGUAAAAAACACAUAUAGAGAUUAGAUGCACAAGCGAAUAAAAGGUUCAAAACCAGAAAGCCUUAUAAAAUUAUAUAGAUAUGGUUUAUACAAUUUCUACACAGACAAUUAAAAAUUCAACUUGUAAAUAAGGGAUCGGUCAUAAAGUAUGUGUACUGGAGGGGGGGUGGAGGGUAUUCCAAAAUACUACCAUAAAAUUUGGCACCCCCCUAAAAGCGUCGGAAAAUAUUAAAUAUUUAAUACCCCCCUCAAAGGAGAUUAACUGUUUCGUACCCCCCCCCCACUUCCCCGUGCACCCAACCAAUCACCCUCCCCCAAAGAUGUCAAACUACAAUAGGUUCCGAUCGAGACACUUUCAUAAAUACUACUGUGCUACAUUGCGCGAAAUUUAUUAGGAACAUUUAGGAACAUACACUCGAUUUUUUUAACGUGUAUUGUAUCAUAAAAGUCUGUAGUUUUAUUGAAUCAUAGACAUAGUAUUCGACUCAUUUUUUGUUUCGUACCCCCCCCCCAAUAUUAAUGUCGUAAUUCGUAAUGCCCCCACUUAUCCCCCUCCGCCACGUCCCCCACCCCCGCCCAAUACACAUACUUUAUGACCGGUCCCUAAUGGAAAACUGCAACUGCAUUUCUUAUUCCACUAUCUAUGAUUUCACCGAAUCGAGAAGGCAUAUAUGGACGACUAGGAAAUUUUAAACUUUUUCCAUUUUUUGACUCUAGCUGGCGUUUAUGCA